GCAGUCACUAUCCGUGCCUCUAGCCGUACGCGCGUCCGUACUUGCAUCAUUACCGAUGCAUCUGGCGCGCGUUAUCAAUUACACGAGUGCUGCGCGGGCCUAUCCGUAAUCCAUUUCACAUCCUCGCCGCUUGUGAACGUCCGCUCUCCUAAAACUAUGAGGUUCAUGGUGCUCUCGAAUGAAAGCGAUAGCCCAGGGGAAAGUGAUAUGCGUGAAAUGAAGAUAUGUGGUGGGGCUGGGUAACGCGUCAGGUGGGAUACGGUGACGGGCCGAGAUGGGCGCGCCCCGCAGCGAGCGAGGUUGCGUCAACCGACCGCGGCCCCGUUGGCAGAGCGGGCGCGUAUUUCAAGCGGCUCGCGCUGCACUGCGCCGCCGCCGGCGUCCACUUUGCGAAACCGUCGGUUAUGCAAGGCGUGCCGCUGCCAACUCGCGCUGCUCGCGCACCGCCGGAAGGAAAAGUGGAACGCGGCGCAGUGGUGCGGUCGCACGCGCCGCCUCUGCACGCCCCGCGACUUAGUGAAGUGCCCAGUGUCGUGUAGUGUCGCUUCUAGAACGUUGGGAAUUGUGUUGCGCAAGUCCUACGCCUACAGUGGGAUUAUUUUAAACUAGAUAAUUAGCAAACCACGACCUCGACUCGACCAGAGUCACAACCCUCUAUUGUAUAUACGUGGCACAUGUGCGUUCAUACAGUAUACAUCACGUGCUCUACAUAUUUGUCCUGUUACUACUAUCGCUUGCAUCCAUCCUUGCCUAGUAACUGAUUCAAUGAAUCCAGUCCUACUAACAAUUUUAUGCUUUGCUUCUAACUUCAUAUUUUAUUUCACCGUCUUGAGUGCUUCAGAAUGUCACUUGAUCAGUUACGGUUUCACCGUCGGAAAAGUAACCUUUGAUGGUGUGGGAAAAAUGCAUCGAGGUAUGAUAUACAGCCCACCUGUUAAGAUUCUCCCACAGUGAGUAGGUUCUCGCGAUAUAACUAUGUAGCCUAAGUGAAUUUAGAAACGAAAAUUUUAUAUUCGCAUUUUUAUCAUAUGUGGAUAAUCACAAUUACCUGCCGUGCGAUGUUGGCUCGAGAGUGAAAGCGUUCGUUGGACCGUGAUUUCCUUGGCCACUUGAAUAACUCUUGCGCACGCCAGCAGACUCGCGGUUAGUAAAAGUGAACCCAUACAGCAUUCCUAAUACAAGUGACCGUUCACAUUCACUGUAUCUUUACACCCAAGGACAUAUUAAUAGCGAGUACCGGACACAUUUAUCAUGCGGCUCCCAUGUUGCACAAUGCAUCUUAUCUAGCUCAUGAGAUGAUUAUUGUUUGGCCUACUUUCUUAGCGAAGUCGAUCUUGCGAUUACAUUGCUGCACUUUAAAGUCUCGAUGGAUUGUCGUGACGUGACGUUACGUUAAUUCAGACAGGCUACAUUCACUUUUGAAUAACACAGAUUUAGGUUUAAUGCUCUGUGACAGAAAUUAAAAAAAAAUAGAUAUUUUAGCUAUGGUCCAUAAAAACUGAAGUAAACGUAGAAUUAUUCUAAUUUCUCUAAAAGCUAUUAUUCCCGUAAGUUUAGUUAACUGUCGAGUUAACCACCUACGCGAUUUACAAUACAUGUUUAAAUAAUAGGGUUAUUCUAGCCAUUAGAUUUGUAGUCGAUUUCAAAUCAUAUCCGACCUAGAUAACUAAUCACGCCAAGUCUGAGCGAUAAUUGCAAUCAAUAAUUUAACUCUAAAGUGAAACGUUGUUGUUUCAAUGAAUAAAUUAAUCAUACUAUUUUGCGUCUCCUUUUACCAUAUCACUAGUAACGGAGGGUUAAAAUAUUGUAUCAAUCAUAAUUCAGUUACAUUUAUGUGCAUAUAAAAACGUAAAUAUUAUAUAUCGUGAAAAAUUUACAGAAAUCUUUGAUUAGUGCCAUCAAAUAAGUAUAAUAAAUAUAAAAAAGUAGAAUUUUCUGUAAUUUUCUUGUCUGUAUCCUAAGUUACUCGUAUAAAGGCCAUUACUUGACCAAAACAAUGAAUGACCUUUCUGAAAAAAAAAACUUCUUGUCCAUAAAAUUAAAAACUGCCGGUAUGAUUUCAACAUACUUAACUACUACGAAUGAGGUUAUUAAAAAAGAGAAGCAUUUGAAAAUUUUGCUGAAAAUAUGGAACAUUCGAAAACAGAACUUUUUAAAUUAACUAGAAUUAACUCGAUGUCUUACCAUUCUGAGUUGCAUCAAUUACGUCAUUCAUGCAUAUGCGGAGACGUGGGCGUUUCUUAAACAAGCCUGCCCUUUAACCAGUCAACUAUCAGUUAGAUUAAAUUGCAUAUCCUCUACUUCAUUUAAUAACUUAUCAAUACAUAACAUUUCAAAACCAUUUUCAAAUAGAAAAAAAACUAUUUUAUUUUUAUUUAAAAACCUUUAUACAUCGCUGGUGUAAGUUAAUUGUCACAAGGUUUUUCUUUUUUCUUUGUUGAUUGUUAAGUUUCCAUCAAUAGUCUUUCAUAACAAUGGGAAUAUUUUGAUCGAUUUCUUAUGUAGUUAGGUAAAUAAAUACUUAACAAUACUCAGAGCACUUGACCUAAAUAAAGGGGUUCCAAUAACAUUCUUAUCAUAAAGUAUUUAGAAUAGGAAUCGGGGUCAGUAAACUCUAUAUUUGGGCUAAACCUAGCAGUUGAGGAUCUAAAAUUUUGUAAACACAAGGUUACAUUGCCAGAGCUUAACAGAUGUGAGUACAAAAAAUAAAUAUGCUUAUUUAAGACGUAGAUUUACAUAUUUAUAGGACAGUUAUCGAACAUGCAAAGUAUUAACUAAUGGUUAAAAUAAUUCAAAAGAUUGUAGCUCUACUGAGAACUCAUACUCAAGUUAAAGAGUUAGGUAUCAUGUUUUUUUAAUUAACAUGUUCAGCCCUGCGAUUCUAUAAAAAUCCAGACCCGAAUUCGAAUUCAAUUUCAAUUCUAUUGAUUCCAUAUUUUGUAUAAAAACACAAAAUAAAAUUGUUUGAAAAUACGUGUCUCAUAUAUUCUAUUCCUAUGUCAUUUCGACACUCACUUCACUUGUACCACGAAAUGUUAUUACCAAUUCAAGGUUGAACGGAAACCGCUUUUUGAAGUGAAUUCAGACACUUGAGUAAAUUCGAAUUCGGGUUUGGAUUUUUCAGAAUCUCAGGGUAAAUAACGCUAAAUAUAUUCUAAAGAAUAAAAACAAUUAAUUUUACCUACUAAUAUUGAAUUUGAUAUACUACUUACUAUUCAAAAAACAAUUUCAAGUGCAUGCUGAAAUUGAAGUCAGAUGAAAUCCAUUUUAUUUCUUACCUUGGGACAACCGUAAUUGACCUACUUUUGUUGCUAGUGUGCAGGCGAAGUACUAACUACAAGUAAAUACAUCUGAUUACUUAACAUUACAAAUAAAUUAACAUAAAUGUUACAUAUUCUAAAGAUAUUAGUCAUCCGAGAAUGAUAGGCGUAUAAUAUCAAUAAAUCAAGAUAAAUUAUUGAAAUAAUUAAUUUAAAAUUAUUUUAGUUCAGCAUUUUGAGUCACACAAAAAACCGCAAUAGCAAUGCAAACGAUAACAUAUAUAAUGUUUAUCAUGCAGUUUACAUAUCAUAUCAUAGUAAUUUAUAAUUCUUCAGUAAUUAAAGCAUGAAAAUUCAUGGAUACUUUAUAGUGAGUUAAGGACAGAAUUUCUAAUAUUUUACCCAUGUAUUUUAUGGAAAUAAUUAUAGAGAAAUAAAAUACAAAUUAUUGAAAUCUCCCAUUGAUCAUACUUUUCAUAAGUAAGUAUUAUUUAUCUAUAGUCAUACUAACUAGAAAAGUGUAAAAGUAGGUUUACAGAUCUUCCAUUUAAUAAAAUUACAAAGUCCCAUUGAUCCGGUCUAGGUCGCUCAUCGUACAGCUUGUUAUAAACAUAUAGUUAGAAAAAACAGAUGUUAAAGGAUCAGUUUCUUAAAAAGAGCACAAUAACUAAAAACCCAGAUUAUUUUGUAGUAUAUUAAUUGGUUUUAAAAGUUAUAUAAAUUUAUCUUCAUAACUUUCGUUUAUGCGAAGACCACAAAAUGAUAAAAAAGACAAAACCAUUGCUUAUUCGAUC